CACCACCCAGUGUUUCUUCUCAGGAAUCCGUGACUUUCCAGGAUGUAGCUGUGGACUUCACUGAGAAAGAGUGGCCCCUGCUGGAUUCUUCUCAGAGAAAGCUGUACAAAGAUGUGAUGCUGGAGAACUAUAGCAACCUCACUUCACUAGGUAACCCUGGCCGCAUUCAGAAUUUGUUCUUACCAGAACCAGAUGUUUUCGUUCAAGUAUUUUCAGUGACUCAGAAACUAGGCAGGGGUUGGAAACAUGACUGAAUGAGCAGAACCAGUGCCCACCCGCAUGGUGUCUCCCAGAGAUUUUGAACCCUGAUUGUUGCAUUGAUUUUGGAGACACCCACGUUUGUGUUCUGAGCUUGGACAUGGGCUCCUGAAAUAAGAAAUCCCCAUUCUUUUGGAGAGAAAAUGUGUGGGUGUGGUUUCAUGUGUUUUUGUUUUUAAAGAUUCACUGUGUUCUUAGAAAUGAGGCACCAUCAUUUUGUUACUCUUAAGUCAGACUCCACCUUCAGAACCCUGAAGAUCAAAAUGUUGGCCGCAGUCUAAUGGAAGGGUUGUCCUCUGCACAGUCCUCCCUCAACAUGUCUUUCCCUGUGAGUAGGGUAUCAGGUUGGCAAACCCAGCCUCAUCUCACACUUGGAGCAAGAAGAAGAGCCGAGGACAGAGGAGAGGGGCAGUCAGCAUGGCACCUGUCCAGAUUGGGAGACUCCAUCUAAGACCAAGUGGUCAAUCCUCAUGGAAGAUAUUUUUGGGAAGGAAACAUCCAGUGGUGUGACAAUGAGUUCCAGUGAGACAGGAACAGCACAUUGGCACUGCGGAUGAUGGCAUCUUCAGUCCCAGUGGAAAGAGCUCAUCUUGGGGAGAAGUCCACUGAAUACGCCCACUUGUUUCAAGUCUUCAGCAUGGGUGCUCAUCUCACUCAGCCAAUGGGGAGACACCCCGGCAAGAGGCCCUACCAUCGCCACCAUUGCGGGGCAGCCUUCAAGAGCAGGACGCCCCUCACUCAGCACGUGAACGUGUAUGAUGGGAGGAAGAUGCACGAGUGCCAGCAGUGCCAGAAGGCCUUCACCACGAGCGCCUCCCUCACCCGGCACAGGAGGAUCCACACUGGGGAGAAGCCCUAUGGCUGCAGCGACUGUGGGAAGGCCUUCAACGACCCCUCUGCCCUCAGGAGCCACGCACGGACACACCUCAAAGAGAAGCCCUUCGACUGUAGUCAGUGUGGGAACGCCUUCCGCACCCUCUCGGCCCUGAAGAUCCACAUGAGGGUCCACACUGGCGAGAGACCCUACAAGUGUGAUGAGUGUGGCAAGGCCUACGGCAGGAGCUGCCACCUCAUUGCACACAAGCGAACACACACUGGGGAGCGGCCCUAUGAGUGUCAGGACUGUGGGAAAGCUUUCCAGCACCCCUCACACCUGAAAGAACACGUCAGGAAUCACACCGGGGAGAAGCCCUACGAGUGCACACAGUGUGGCAAAGCCUUCCGCUGGAAGUCUAACUUUAAUUUGCACAAGAAAAACCAUAUGGUGGAGAAAACCUAUGAAUGCAAAGAAUGUGGGAAAUCCUUUGGUGACCUCUUGUCACGGAGGAAACACAUGAGAAUCCAUAUUGUGAAGAAACCAGUGGAAUGUCGCCAGUGUGGGAAGGCCUUCCGAAACCAGUCCAUCCUGAAGACACACAUGAAUUCUCACACAGGAGAGAAGCCCUACGGGUGCGAUCUCUGUGGGAAAGCCUUCAGCGCCAGCUCCAACCUCACUGCACACAGGAAGAUCCACACUCAAGAGAGACGCUAUGAAUGCGCAGCCUGCGGGAAGAUCUUUGGUGAUUAUCUGUCACGGAGGAGGCACAUGAGCAUCCAUCUGGUAAAGAAGCAUGUGGAGUGUCGGCAGUGCGGGAAAGCCUUCAGGAACCAGUCCACCCUGAAGACCCACAUGAGGAGCCACACGGGAGAGAAGCCCUAUGAGUGCGACCAUUGCGGGAAGGCCUUCAGCAUAGGCUCCAACCUCAACGUGCACAGGAGGAUUCACACCGGGGAGAAGCCCUACGAGUGCCUUGCCUGCGGGAAGGCCUUCAGCGACCACUCAUCCCUUAGGAGCCAUAUGAAGACGCACCGGGGAGAGAAGCUCUUCCCGGCCUCAGUGUGGAAGAGGCUCCAGUGAGCACUCCAGUCGGCGGCGGGAACACUCGGACCAGAAAGGAACCUUCAGAUGUGAGGGAGAAGCUCUCACCUUACAGAGCACAAAAGAGUUCAUGGAACGUAGGAGAAAUCCAGUUGGUGUGAAGCCUGUGAGAAGACAAGUUGUUUCUCAUCAGUUGGGAGAACAACACCGUGGGGGGAUGUAUCUGGUGUGGAAAAGCCUUCAGUGUACAUCUAAUUUGUAAACAUGUGAGAACUUCAGCAGGCUGGACUGUGGCCCUGUGGUAGAGUGCUUGCCUAGCACGCAUGAGGCCCUGGGUCCCAUCCCCACCAAAAAAAAAAAGAAAUAAUUUCAGCGACACUUUCUCAACCUUUUGGACACAUUAGGGAGAAUUUUUGUCAGUGCAGUGAUGGGGGAAAUCUUUUCAUUCUCACACUCCAUUCCUCAUGAGAUAAAUCACACGGAAGAGAAAAAUCUAUGGGGUGAGGAAUGUGGGAAGUCCAUAAAGGGGGUGAGCAAACUAACCAGCUGUCUGUGUUUGUAUGGUUCAUAAACUAAGAAUAGUUGUUCCAUUUUAAGAGGAGAGUUUGUGCAGAGACCCUCUGUGGCCCUCAAAGCCUGAAAUGCUUGCUAUUUAUAGAAAAGCUUUGCUGAGCCUUGGUCCACAGCAGUGCUCCUCAACAGGUAGGGGUUUGUUCCCCAGGGGACAUUUUUGGUUGUUACUGGGGGAGGAGCCACUGACAGGUAGUGGGAAGACAUUAGGAUGGUGCCAAGCAUCCUACAGUGCCCAGGAGCCCCUGCCCCCCCACUUCAGAGUUGUGUGCCCUACAAUAACAGUACGCUGAGGUUAAGAAUAAUUAAUGUCAGCACCAAACUAGAGGAAAUUUCUUUUUAAUUUUUUUUUUUUUAAUUAACAUGGUUCUUUGAAGAAAUUUGUAAGAACUUAACAUUGCUGAUAAUCUCUAUGUGUCCCUUCACUUGUGCAAAUGAGAAUUCUCACUGGGAGAGAAGCUUUGAUGAUAUUCUCCAGUGAACGCAGGAUUGCAUUUCUCAGUCCUUCAUCAUGAAAACAGGCCCUAGCUCAUGAAUUUCUAGUCUUUAUUUUUAAGGUUAUGCUCUUCUAGAUAACCAUUAGGCCUCAUCACAAAAGGUUUGUAUAUAGUAUUUUUACUGUAGCUUCAUUCUUAAAAUAUCUAAUUUCAUUUUGGAUAACUUUCUUGACCAAUGGCAUAUUUAGAAUUGUGUUACAUACUUGGUGACAUAGGUAUUUUAUAGUACCAAUUACUGGUAUCUGAUUUCAGAUGCAUUGUGAUCAAAGCAUGAAGUCUUCAUUAUAUGGAUCCUUUGGUAUGUUUGUGGCCUGCUAUCCAGCCAAGAAUGGCAUAGACUUCUAGUUGCAUCCACUGUCAUCUUCCAUAUCAAAAGAAUUCAAAUCUCAUAUUCGUAAGGUGUGCUAUUUUUUAAUGUCUCUUAAACAGAUUUUCUUGCAGUUGGUACUGUCUGCAUCCCAUAACCCUGGCCAUUGACAAAUAAGCAGAGGCCACUGUGUGGGUUUCUGAGAAAAAGCUCUUGAAAACUAGUCCUUCUUACCUAGAUUCUUCUCUCCACAUUUGGUUCUUUUCUCCCUACGUCUCACCUUGCAAGGAGAUUGAGCUCCUAGUGUUGAAAGAUUUGUGGCUGUGAAGGCAAAAGCCAGUCUAAGGAGGAUGCUACAGCAAAGUCACAGUGAGCAGGGCUUCCCUGUGGCCUCCGAGUGUCUGUGCCAGCCCUGGGUUUGUUACUUCCAGACCUACUAUUACAUGAGAAGAAAUAAAACUGAUUACUGGCUUAUGGCGCUAUGAA